CCAUGCUGACGUGCAGGAUGAGCGGCCCUCAGGUGAAAGUAUUUGGGAAAGCAAUCCAAACUCUAGCACGAGUGAGUGAUGAGCUGUGGCUAGACCCAUCUGAGAAAGGUCUUGCUCUAAGAGCUGUGAAUUCUUGUCAGUCCACAUAUGGAUAUGUCCUGUUCACUCCCGUGUUCUUUCAACAUUAUCAGUGGUCAGCCUCCAUGACAACAAACGAUAGUGAUUCACCACAGAACUUAAACUGCAAAUUGGCUAUCAAGUCAAUUCUGCCCAUCUUUAGAUGUGUGACUUCUCUUGAAAGAAAUGUAGAGAUGUGUAAAAUAUUCACCAGGCCUGAUAAGUGCAGAGUUGUUAUUCAGUUCUUCUGCAAACAUGGCAUUAAAAGAACUCAUAAUAUGCGUUUUCAAGAAAGUCAGCCUUUGAAAAUUAUUUUGGAAAACAGCACCUGUACUAAUACACUGGUGAUUCAGCCAAGAUUGCUUGCUGAAGCAAUUCUUCUUUUAACAUCAAGUCAAGAAGAAGUUACCUUUGCUGUUACUCCAAUGAAUUUUUGCCUCAAGAGUUUAUAUGAAGAAUCAGUGGAUUUGACCAGUUCUGUGUACAGUGAGAUGUUUUUUGGUCCAGAAGAGUUUGAAUUCUUUCAGGUUGGAUUUGAUACUGAAAUAACAUUUUGCUUCAAAGAACUAAAGGGAAUACUGACAUUUUCAGAAGCUCUUCGUGUUCCUAUAGCCAUCCAGUUUGACUUUCCUGGGAAACCGGUUGUUUUAAGUGUCAACGAUAUGCUACUGGAAGCUAACUUUAUCUUGGCUACGUUAGCUGAUCACUCCAGUGGAGCGUCUUCACCACAGUCACCAUGUCUUUCCCAGGUCCAGGAAAGGUCAGAUCCAACAGGGUCAAGCGCAAAGGCUGGUGAAGGUAGAGCCAGCCAGGUCCCGGAGAGUAUCUCGAGAACAGCACGCAAGAGGCUGUUUCCUAAGGAGCCUUCUGCCAGCGACUUUGCACUGAAGAACUGUGACAGCUAUGUGACCAAGAGAGCUAGUGCCAACAGAGACAAUAUCUGUGAGGUGCCAGGAAGCAUUGUCAGCACAGAGGAAGGGCCAGGCUGCUCACAGUUCAGGAAGUUUUCUUCCAUGUUCUUUGGAGCAGUUUCCUCUAAACAGCAAGAAUCCUUCAACCACCCUUUGGACUGUCUGGCAGUUGCAAGCGACAGUGAAGAGGACGUUUCCACAACUUAA